AUGUCCCAGGACCAAGAUCCAGAUUAUCAUAUCAAUCCUAAUUAUCAAAAGGCUUCAGUUUUACCAAAAGUAAGGCCUAGUACUGCCCAUACUGCACAAGCUAUAAACAUCAAUAAAAGACCUCCAACUGCUGUCCCAGCUACUCCAAGAAUGCUACGAAAUACCAGCGGUAAUCUGUUGGGUGGAAAUACUACACCUCAAAGAUCAAAUUCUCUUCAAAGACCUUCAGGUCAAUUGACUCCAAAUGAAGGUUCAAAUCAAAUUCCUAUUCAAGCUCCUGUUCAAGUUCCAAUUCCAAAUGAUAUAAAUAAAAAUUAUCAAAGACAAGGUUCUCCAACUUCACAGUACGCUGCUCAGCAACUACCUCCACUGGAUACAAAGACAUUAGAUGUUCAUUCCAAUUCAAGAACCCCAACUCCAACUAGACUUCUGCCCCCUGUUAGUGUUGAUCAACAACAACAACAACAGCAACAACUAUUAGCCCAACAACAAGCUGUAUCUCAAGCUCAAGGUCAAAUUCCACCAUCUCAACUUGCUCCAAAUCCUAAAAGUCAUCAUCAAAGAUCAUCAUCUGUUAAUAGAACACCUUCUCAAAAUCAUCAUCAUCACCAUCAACAACAACAACAACAACAACAACAACAACAACAACAACCUCAGCCGCCUCAACCUUCAUCUAAAAAACCAAAUCAAAAUCAAUUUCAUCGUCGCUCAAUAGGUGAAUGGGAUUUCAUGAAAACUAUAGGUGCUGGUUCGAUGGGUAAAGUUAAAUUAGCAAGACAUAGAAGAACUAAUGAAGUUUGUGCUAUAAAAAUCAUUCCAAGAGCUGCAAGACUGUAUGCUAGAGCUCAUGCAAAUGAUCCUCCACCUGUUGAUCAAAAAGAACUGGAAAAACGUCAAAAAGAAUAUGAAAAAGAACUUGCAAGAGAUAGAAGAACAAUUAGAGAAGCUUCUUUAGGUAAAAUCUUAUAUCACCCUUUUAUAUGUCGUUUAUUUGAAGUUAUUACAAUGUCAAAUCAUUAUUAUAUGUUAUUUGAAUAUGUUUCUGGUGGUCAAAUGUUGGAUUACAUUGUUAGUCAUGGUUCAUUAAAAGAACGUCAUGCAAGAAAAUUUGUUAGAGGUAUUGCAUCUGCUUUAGAUUAUUUACAUAGAAAUAACGUUGUUCAUAGAGAUUUAAAAAUUGAAAAUAUAAUGAUUUCAAAUACUGGUGAUAUAAAAAUCAUUGAUUUUGGUUUAUCAAAUUUUUAUUCAAAUGAUUCAUUAUUGAAAACUUAUUGUGGUUCUUUAUAUUUUGCUGCACCAGAAUUAUUAUCAGCACAUCCUUAUAUUGGUCCAGAAGUUGAUGUUUGGUCUUUUGGUGUUGUUUUAUAUGUACUGGUUUGUGGUAAAGUACCUUUUGAUGAUCAAGAUGUUUCUGUUUUACAUGAAAAAAUUAAAAAAGGUAAAGUUGAAUAUCCUGAUCAUCUUUCAAAAGAAGUGGUAUCUCUUCUUUCAAGAAUGUUGGUUGUUAAUCCAAAUAAAAGAGCUGGUCUCGCUGAAGUUAUGACACAUCCAUGGAUUAUUAAAGGUUAUGAAGGUCCACCAACUUCUUUUGUACCACAUAGAAUUCCAUUACCUAUUCAAUUAGAUCCUUUAACUAUUGCAGAAAUGGCAAAAUUAGAAUUUGGUAAAAAUGAAGAACAAAUUACAAGAGAUUUAAAUCAAAUUGUUUCAUCAAAAUUAUAUCAAGAUGCAUCUGAAAAUUGGAAUAGAUAUCAAAACCCAGAUUCAAUUGUAACAAAAGGUCAAUUUGAUCCAACUAUUGGAUUUCAUCCAUUAAUAUCAAUCUAUUAUCUAGUUGAAGAAAUGUUGAAACGUAAAAAGGCUAAACAAUCAAUUGUUGAUGUUCCACAAGCUGUUAAAGAACAACCUAAAGAGGAAACUCCAGAUACUAUAAAUGCCUCUGCUACUGCUACUGCUACUGCUACAAGUACUAUUCAACCAAGUUCACAAUCAUCAAUUCCUAAACCUAAAGAUGAAACUCCAAAACAAGCACCAAUUAUUGCAUUCCCAGAAGCUGCACAUACAUCACCAAGAACAACUUCACCUCCACCAUUCCCAGAAAAACCACAAAUUUCUACUUCACAAGCUUCUGGUAAUGAAGAUUUCAUACUGAGUGCUCAACAAAAACAACCACAAUCUCAAAGUGCUCAAGAAGAAGGUGGUAAAGGUUUCAAUUCAAUUCUUAGAAGAUUUAGUCAAAAAAGAUCACAAUCAACAAGACGUCCACCUCCAUCAGAUCAUCCAUUACCUUCAAAUAUUGAUGGUUCUACACAUCCUGCUGGUUUCAAUGCUGACAAUUCAAGAUUUGAUAAUAAAUAUCUGAUGUCACCACAACAAGAUGCAUUAGUUCGUCGUGUUGGUAGUAUGAAAUUAAAUAGAAAAUCACCAUUUGAUAACGAUACACCAUCAUCUAAUACAACAAAAGUUGAUCAUAAUUCAUUACAUCCUCCAAGUUCAACUAAACAACAUAAUAGAACUGUCUCUGAACAUACUGGUGCUGUUAAUUCAAAUGCUAAUCAAAAAGUUGAAAGUGGAUCAAGUAUCAAUAACAAUACUUUGAAACCAGUUGAUAUUCCAGCUAAAAAAUUCCAUCCAUCUGCUAGAGCUAAAUCAGUUGGUCAUGCUGCUCGUCGUGAACCAUCAUCAUCUUAUCGUACUGAUGAAGCUUCUGCAUUACCACCAUUACCUACAGAUUUGAAUGAUGAUGCAUUUUUUGAUGAUGUUACAUUAGAUGAUUAUUCUCCAACUGGUGAUAGAGCUACUCUGGUUACAUCUAAUAAUUCAAUUAAUAAUCAAGGUCAUAAUAGAUUAUCAGAUUUACCAACUGUUGAAUUAAAUGAAUCACAAAUUCUUGCACAAGCUUCAAAAGCACCUGAAGGUACAAUGCCAUCAAUUGAAUAUCCAAGAUCAUUAUUCCUUAAAGGGUUCUUCUCUGUUCAAACAACUUCAACUAAACCAUUGCCUGUUAUUCGUUAUAAUAUCAUAACUGCAUUAACUAAAUUAGGUGUUAAAUUUACUGAAGUUCGUGGUGGUUUUAUUUGUGUUCAUACUCCAUCAAUUGAACAACCAUCAAUAGUGGUGAAUGCACCAGAUCCAAAUACAACUAAAAAUGAGAAUUUAACAGAAGAAGAAGUAAAUAAUAGUUUGAAAUCAGCUAAAUCUUCAAGUGGUUCCACUUCAACUCAUCAUGUUCAAGAUUCAAGAAAUCCACAAUUAGAACGUAAUAAUACAAAUGAUGGUCAUUCAUUAGGUGAAGAAUCAUUUGAUCAACAAUCAACUCCAUCAUCUAAAAAUGCUCAUAGAAGAAAAUUUUCAAUUGGUGGAAGUAUAUUAGGAUCAUAUAGACGCAAAAAUGGAGGUAAUACACCAGCAAUACCACCAACACCAGUUGCAACAAGCAAAUAUGAAUCAAAUAAUUAUACAGCUUCACCAACUGCUCAUACACGUUCACAAUCUGCAAGUAAUAAUGAUUAUGAUUCAUCUGCAUCACUGGAAUCAUUAAAUGCUGGUCAAGGUGGUAGUGAUAUGUUAAUUUCAAGUAGAAUUGAACAAGGUAGAGCUCGUACUACUUCAACAAGUGGUGGUCAAUCUGGUCAAAUAUUUAAUAAUACUGCUAGUGAUGCAAACACUAUUGAAAGACAAAAUGCUUCAAAUAAAGCACGUACACCAUUAAAAUUUGAAAUUCAUGUUGUUAAAGUUCCAUUAGUUGGUUUAUCUGGUGUUCAUUUUAAGAAAGUUCUUGGUAAUACAUGGAUGUAUAAGGCAUUAGCAGGACAAAUUUUAAAUGAUUUGAACUUAUAG